AUGGAGGCUUUGAUGAAACAUUUGAAGUUUCCGGAAAGUCGAAAAGGCGAUGAUGAUUUGGAUGGACAUCAGAAAAAGAUCUGGAUCCCCGAUCCAGAGUUGGGUUUCCGUUUGUGCGCGGUGCUCGAUGAGAGCGGACGCGAUGUGAGCGUCGGAUUUCGAGAUUCACAGGGUUUCUUUGAAAAGAAACGUCUCCCCCACUCUUCAUGUUAUCCAGUGUCACGAAACAGUGGUUCUGAUGAUUUGUGCGCUCUCUCGGAGCCGAAUGUGGCCACCGUUCUUGACUCUCUUCACAAAAGAUAUUCAGCUGAUGUCAUUCAUACGUAUUCUGGUUUAUUUUGUCUCUUCAUCAAUCCAUGGAAAUCCCUUCCGAUCUACAAGAAAGAGAUCAUGGACGUGUAUCGAUCAAAACUUGAUCUGUCGCUUCCACCGCACGUGUUCGCUGUGGCUCAAACAGCGUACGAUGGUGUGAAGAGAGGAGGCACAAAUCAAUCGAUUCUCAUCACUGGAGAAUCGGGUUCGGGGAAAACGGAAAACACGAAACACAUUAUCGAAUUCGUGCUCAACUCGUGUGGCGCCGUCGCACAAACGGUUGGCCAAGAAUUAAUCUCUUGCGGAGAAUUGUUGGAAGCUUUCGGAAAUGCCGCCACAACAGCAAAUGGAAAUUCGAGCAGAUUUGGAAAAUUCAUUCGAAUCGAGUUCGACGUGGACGGGAAAAUGCACUCGGCAUCAGUGGAAUGCUAUUUACUUGAGAAAUCGCGAGUUGUCAAUCAAAAUGGCGGGGAGAGGAAUUUCCAUAUCUUUCAUCAGAUUUUGGAGGGAGGAUUCGGGAAAAAACUCAAGGAUUCGCUUGGGUUAAAAGAAGAUGCUUCAAAGUACCGUUAUGUGAAUGGCGGAGGGGAGUAUUCGGAAGAAAUCGACGAUGAGGCGAAUGGGAAAAUCACUGAUGCAGCUUUCCGCCGUUUAGGCUUCAGUGAUGACGAGAGAUUGCAUGUGCUUGAGAUCGUGGCUGCUUGCAUCCUUUUGGGUGAGAUUGAGUUCCGCGAAAGAACCGGACUCGAUUUGAGUUACGUUGAAGGGACGCAAGAAUUGGAAGCAGUGAGCUCUCUAUUAGGUGUUCGUGGAUCAAUCCUUGCUGAUGCUUUAUGCCAGCCGGCGAUCAAAAUCGGAGAGAACACGAUCCGGAAAAAUCAGAAUUUAAGAAAAACUCUGAACUCGGUGGCAGCUCUAUCAAAGACUUUAUACGAGCGACUUUUUCGAUGGAUUCUCGAGAAAUGCAAUCAAGCAAUUGGACAUCAGACAGAAAAUAUUCAAACAAAUCAACUCUUGCGAAUGAUUGGAGUGCUGGACAUUGCCGGUUUCGAGAUCCUUCAGAAAAACAGUUUCGAGCAAUUGUGCAUCAAUUACACGAACGAGAAAUUGCAACAGUUUUUCAAUCGUUUCAUGUUUAUCAAAGAGCAAACGACGUAUCUUGAGGAGGGAUUGAAAUGGACACAAACCGAUUUCGCUUAUGAUCUCCAACCGACGAUCACUUUGAUUGAAAAGCCCCUCGGAAUUUUGAAUCUCCUAGAAGAGGAGUGUGUUGUGCCGAAUGGAUCCGAGAGCGCAUUUCUUGAAAAAUCCGCUGAACAUCUCAAGGAUUCGCCCGAAUUCGCGAAAAGUCGACACUCUCAAAAAUCUCAAGUUCUCUCGCAUUUCUCGAUCAGACAUUAUGCUGGAAAUGUUGAUUACAAUUUGGACGGUUGGCUGGAAAAAAAUCGUGACUCCGUCGACACAUCGAUAUUGUCGACAAUGCACGAAAGUGUCCAUCAACUUGUCGCCAAGCUUUUCCCAUCAGUGGACGAGAGCGCCAAGCCAAGAAAGGGUGGCCUUUUGACAUCAACUGUUACUUAUGUCUACAAGUCUCAAUUGAGUUCUCUUCUCGAAUCUCUGAACCAAUCGUCGGCUCAUUUCAUUCGUUGUCUUUUGCCGAAUCGCAAUAAACAACCCGGAGUGAUCAACUCGGCGUUGUUACUUCAUCAAUUGAGGUGUAACGGAGUCUUUGAGGGGAUUCGCAUCUGUCGUCAAGGAUAUCCGAAUCGAUUACCGUUUGAUGAAUUUGUGGCAAGAUACGAAAUUCUCAGCCAACAGAAGUUUCCGAAAAAGAAUCGCGCCGCCGCAAGGGAAUUAUGCGAUCUAUUGGAGAUUGAUGAAGAUCGAGUACAAGUUGGAAGCACAAGAGUCUUCUGUAAAGUUGGAGUGAUCACAGAGUUGGAAGAUCGCCGUCGAAACCAUUUGAAUUCGAUGAUCACAACGAUUCAAACCGAGAUUCGGACAUUUUUGGCGAUGAGAGAUUCCAAGAUGAGGGAAAGGAAACAAGAUGCGAUGGAGAUGAUCCAAUGGAAUGUCCGAUGUUUCAAUCAGAUCUCACAAUGGCCAUGGCACAGAAUAUUGACGCUUGUUCAUCCCUUGAUUCCUCGAGAACGUGAAAAGGAAAGAAUCGUCGAAUUGGAGAAGAAACUCUUGGAAUUUGAGAAAGAACGUCAAAAAAUGCACGAUGAUAAUCGCGAGUUGUGCACGGCAAUGCAACGCUUGCGCGACUCGCAAAGUCGAGAAGUUCGGAAAGCGGAUGAGGCGAAGAAAAUCGCGGAAAAGAUGUUGGAGGAUAAGACGCGGGAGUUGCACGAAGUGAAAACCGAGAUGUACUCGAAUGCCGAGAUUUUCGACCUUUUGGAAUCAAAGUAUCAACUGCAACAGAAAAAGAUUGGGGAGAUGACUGAAAUCCUUCGUGAUUACGAACGUCGCUUUGAGAAACUCGAUUAUGAGAGUAAAGAAAGGGAGAAAGAGCUGCACAGGACCAAAGAGCACCUGGAUGAAGAGAAAAAAAGAAGCGGAGAGCUCCAAUCGGAGCUCAUCGAAACACAGGGAACACUCAAAGAAAUGGAGGAAAGAAUGGAAAUCAUGUUGAAAGAGGAAAGGAGAUUGGUGGAAACGGUGGCCAGAUUGAUGAAUGCCCGAGAUGAGAGCGAUGAUCGAGCGAAACGACAAAACGAUCUCAUCACUGAAUUGCAGCAAACGAUCGAGGAUCUGAAUGGUCGAAUGGCGAAAGCAGAUUCACACGUCAAUGAGGAAAGACAACAAAGGAGGAAAAUCGAGAAAGAGUUCGAGAAAAGCAAAGAAGAAAAUGAAGCGAUCAAGGCAGAGGCUGAGAAAAUGAUCGAGAAAUAUGAUGUGCUGAAAGAGCAACUCAAAGACAAAGAGGCAAUGUUGAAGAGAUUGGAGAAGAAAAUAUCGGAAAAGGACUCGUUGAUGGAGGAGUGCAUAAAGGAUUUGAAAGAAUCGCAUCGGCAUCGCGUGGAUCAGCUCAAUGGACAAAUUGAUGACAUGAGAAGGAAAAAUAGCAAACUUGAAAACGAGAAUAUCUGUCAAAAGGGCUUAUUGGAGAGAGCCGAUUCACAAGUCGGAUUGAGUCAUUUGGGGAGGAGCAUUGACAGAGAGAAUAGCUUUGACUCGGAAUUUGGUCGAAGCAGCAGUGGUCGAAUGUCGAUGUCACAGCAUUCCCUGUGUCGACAAUACUCGAUUUGUUCGGUUCCCUCGUUUUCUUCGAUGAGAGCACUUGUGAGGAGGAGAGAAACCGAACCUGACCUGUACCAAGGGCUCUCUCGCGUUCCAUCAAUGACAUCCGUGGCCGAACAUCAGAGAAAGAUCCAAGAAUUAGAGAGACAACUACAAGACGCGAAAACCGAAGUGAAUUUGAAGAUGCGGGAAUUGGAUGUGUACAAGAGUGAAUUGCAUUCAAUGGAACAGGAGAAAGAGUCCAUUUCGAGACACAACAAAACACAGCAAGGAGAAAUUGAGAGAUUGACGAGGAAAGUCGGCAGUUUGUCGAGGACGAAUCAGGAUCUGGAACAUCGCGUGAAAAAAGCGAACGAGGAUUGCGAAGAAUGGAAGAAGAAAAUGGAGGAAAGUCUCGUUGAACAAAGAUUGGCAUUGGAGGAGCAUCGAAAACGUACAAUGGAGCGUUACGAAGAAUCACAACAUGCCAAAGAUUUGAAGAGUAGUCGAGUGACCGCAUUGGAAAGAAGUAAAGAAGAGCUGCAAACACAGCUGACACAAUGUCAAUUGGAUUUGGAUCGAGCAAUGGCGCAAGUGGCUGAUUUGGAGAGAACGAUGAGCACACAGGAGACAUUGGGUAGAACGUGGGAAAGCGAGUACCAUUCGGCGUGCUCUGAGGUCGAGUCGUUGAGAGAUGAGAACUGUGCGCUGAAGAGUAAGAUUCGGCGACAAUGGAAACAGAUUGAAAUUCUCACACGUCAAGAAGACAACGAAACGGCGCUGAAUUCUCUGCAGGAAAAAGUGGAUAAGUUGAAUGGACGAAUGGAA